GUGUGUGUUUGGUGCAGGCCUGAGCGGGGUUGUGUGUGUCCGCGGAGAUCGCCUGUGUUUGUAUGAGGAUCGGAUCGUUGUGUGAGGAACAGCGGAGGAUCGCAGCGGCUCCCAGGCGCGCUCUCUCUCCCCCGCAGCGCCGCGUUUAACAGACAGGCCGCCGCCGGUUCACCGGAUAAACAGCGCUGUAGGAGGAGCUGCUUCACUGGAAUUACACCAUGUCGGGGACAACUCUGUUAUUAUAGCGCGUUAGCUCAGCUAGCGAGGUAGCUAGCUCUCUUAGCGUUAGCUUAACUAGCUAGCUAACCUGCUUCUUCUCCUGCUGCUGCGAAACACCGGUGUUCUGUCGAGUCGUGCUACACAUUGAUAGGUGCCAGUUGCCGGCAUUGCGCAUGCGCUGAUUAACAUAUUUUUAAUGUUUUAAUUUAACGAUUUUCAUUUUUUUUAAUAAUCAUUAUCUUUUUAAUCAUCUAGCUUAUAUCUGGUGUGAAAUCAGAGCGUACUGUUAUUUAUUUGAGUGUUACAAGCUAGCUAAAACGUGUAUUAUCAAUUAUAACGUUAAUCAUCUCUGUUAGUUACCUUAACGCUGUAUUUAGCGCUGGUUAAUAUAGUGAUUUAGGCUAAACUCCCUGAAAUAUCCUUCAUAGACUUCUGCCGGGAGCAGACUCUAAUAUGGUGCUGUUAGCCUAAAUAGCCGAACUGCUGUUUUAUUUAGAAUUAUUCAGAUUUAGCGUUAACUACCCUGUGACUGAACUGAUACACGGGGGCAGAGCUGGCUUUGGUUAGCUAGCUAUUUUACCGGGUUACUCUGUAGAAAGUUGAUGGGAAAGAUAAGAAGCUAGUAAACCUAGCCUGGGGACUACAGGCCGGCUUAGCUAGCGUCCGCUAGCCCGGCUUGGUGUGUAGUGCUCACGCAGACACUCAGCGGCGGGGCUAUAAAUACACAUCUUUGUUUCCUCCCGUCCAAAAGUGGCGAGAUCAUCUGCUCACAGCCCGCCUGCCUUCAUCCACUCCUGGCAAUAAUCCGGAUAUAACUCGGGUUAGAGCUCAAACUCGGACCUGACGGCCUCAAAACUUACAGCCACACUUAACCUAACAGGCUCCCCACUCUAAACAAUAAUAAUAUCAGUAAUAACAAUAAUAACAGCCUAAAGACUUUCACCUGGAAGUUUAUAGCUGGAGUUACUUUGGUUAUCUAGUGAACUAAGGUCCCAGCGGAUGGUAGUUAGUCCUCCAGACUUUCAUGGAAAUCUCCGGCUCGCUUCAGAGAACCGGUACGAGCUCGGUCCGCCGCGGGGGGAGCCGGAGUCCGGCUAACUGCCGCCGCUAAACUCCACCACGGUCAGCCCGGUCUGAAGACCCAGCAGCGCUCGGGCACCAUGUCUGAAGACAACAACUCAGACAAAUUCAUCAAGGAGAGUUCCAUUUUGGAAGAGUACAAUAUCAACUGGACACAGAAGCUGGGAGCUGGAAUCAGUGGACCUGUAAGGGUGUGUGUAAAAAAGUCAACACAAGAACGGUUAGCCCUGAAGAUCCUGAUUGACAGACCUAAAGCACGCAAUGAGGUGAGACUUCAUAUGAUGUGUACAUCUCACCCCAACAUUGUACAGAUUCUGGAGGUUUACGCCAACAGUGUGCAGUUUCCCCAUGAAUCCAGUCCGAGAGCAAGGUUAUUAAUUGUUAUGGAGAUGAUGGAAGGAGGGGAGCUGUUCCACAGAAUCAGUCAGCACAGACACUUUACAGAGAAGAUGGCCAGCCAAGUCACUAAACAGAUUGCCCAAGCUUUGGAACAUUGUCACUCGCUGAAUAUUGCACAUCGAGACUUGAAGCCAGAGAACCUGCUGUUCAAGGACAAUUCACUGGAUGCUCCUGUAAAAUUGUGUGAUUUUGGUUUUGCCAAAAUCGACCAAGGCGAUCUGAUGACCCCACAAUUCACUCCUUACUAUGUAGCUCCUCAGGUAUUGGAGGCACAACGACGCCACCAGAAAGAAAAGUCUGGAAUUAUACCUACCUCACCCACCCCUUACACAUACAACAAGAGCUGUGACUUGUGGUCCUUGGGUGUGAUCAUCUAUGUGAUGCUGUGUGGCUAUCCUCCGUUUUAUUCCAAGCACCAUAGCCGCACUAUUCCUAAAGACAUGCGCAAGAAAAUCAUGACUGGCAGUUUUGACUUCCCUGAAGAUGAGUGGAGCCAAAUAUCGGAGAUGGCGAAGGACAUUGUCCGGAAGCUGCUAAAAGUAAAGCCUGAAGAAAGGCUGACCAUCGAGGGUGUCCUGGCCCACCCUUGGCUUAACUGCACCGAGGCCUUGGACAAUGUGCUUCCCUCCGCUCAGAUGAUGAUGGAUAAGGCUGUUGUAGCCGGGAUCCAGCAGGCCCACGCAGAACAGCUGGCAAACAUGAGAAUACAGGACCUCAAUGUCAGCCUCAAGCCCCUCAGCUCUGUUAACAACCCUAUUCUGAGGAAAAGGAAGCUGGGGUUGCUAGGUACAAAGCCCAAUGAUAACUUCUUCAUCAAUGACCCUGAAAAUGGAGCAGAGGACUCCAAUGUGGCCAUCGAGAAACUGAGGGAUGUCAUUGCACAGUGCAUCCUGCCACAGGCCGGAGAAAACGAAGAUGAGAAGCUGAAUGAGGUGAUGUAUGAAGCGUGGCGUUUCAACAGGGACUGCAAGCUGCUCCGUGAUGGGCUGCAAGGGCUGAGCUGGGAUGGUAGGGCUUUCUCUGAUAAAGUGGAUCGCUUGAAAUUGGCAGAAAUUGUGAAACAGGCCAUUGAAGAGAAAACUAACUUAGAAGACUCCCAAUAGCAAGUGCUGCAUUUCUAUUUCCUUUUGUACUGUUUAUUAUAAUUGUUAUUAAGCAAAUAACUGUAAAAAGUAUUUUUUAUGUAAAUUGAAGCGCAUGUUUUUUUUUUCCCUCUAUGGACACACUCGCAAGUCUGUUGUACAGCUGUAGAUAUGACCAAGAAGUUGUUGGUACGAUUACUUUUUUUCUACAGAAAUGUGAAAAUUCACAUUUAAAAAAAAAAAAAGCAUAUUUUUGUUUUGCAAGAAAAAAAGAAAAAUGGAAAAGAUCUCAGUUUCAGCACCAGCUGAGUAGGAAGGGAGCCCUUUAUUAUUAUUAAUUUAGACAAUAUACAAUAUUCUUUUUUAUCACUUUGUUUUUACUUCAUUUUACAUUUACCAAUGCCUGCAAAUCUAUUUAUUAAACAAAUAAAAAUGAAGAAUGCUGUCUUGCCACAAGCUUCCAGAAAAACAAUUUAAUGUGGUGAGUUCAAGAUUCAUUUCAAGGCUCGUUAUUUGUGUAGAUUUACAUAAAGGAUAGAAAACGAAGUGAUUUUAUUUCCCCAAAAUUUUGAUAAUUUUUUUUAAUCAAAGUUAACAUUUUAAAUCUUCAGAAUUGCAAGCAAAUACAUAUAUAAUUUCAUAUCAGUACCCGGACUGUGAAAUAUAGCAUAGAUACAUAACUUCCAUCCUUUUCUAAAAUGUUCUCCUUGCUGAUCUUGCUAGUGAGCUGAAUGAAUGAUAAUUGUUAACCUUUUCAUGAGUUAUUAUAAUUGGGAAAUUAUUGUUGAACUCAUACAGUGGCAUGCAAUCCUGCUGGAUACCUUUGGCCAAAUUUUUUGUCAGACCCCCUCAUUAGUAUUUUGAUUAAGAUCCCUUUUAUUUAUUUCCAUCUUUUUCAGUUAAAAAAUAAGGAAAAGGAACAGAGUGUUGAUUGUGGGCUCACCCUGUGUGUUGAGUUCUUCUUGUCAUAAGAAUUAUAUAGUCUUAGGAAUAAUUUUGCUGAAUAAUAAUGUUAAUAAUGUUUUUAAUGAUGUAAUGAUAAAAUAAUACUUUUAACUGGGAUUGGAGCAAAAUAUGUAUUUUAAAUAUGAAAAUUAUUUUUAAACAAAGUCAACAUUUCUGUUCCUUGCUACAAAAAACAUAAUGGUCAGUAUUGCAAAAAUGAUUGUGAUAAUGUCCAUAAACUGAACAAUUUAUCAUGACAUAAUUAUUGCGAAAGGCCUAAUUAAUACAGUAUUUUUAUAUUUAUUCGAAAUAUUAAAAAGAAUUUCAUAUUUAACACUUGGCUUUUGGAGAUCAGGUCUUAUUCUACUCACUUAACAUUUAGAGAAAAAAAAUAGUGGCGUACCCAAACUUUUGCAUGCCACUGUAUAGUAAUUAAGAAUCUUUUACAGAGUAAAGCCAGACCUCUUUUUUUUUUUUUAAAUAAACCAAGUUGAGUUUACACUUUACUUAUUCCAGUAGCUGACAAAUCAUUCUUCUUUGCUGAUUGGAGGUAACAUUUAAUGAAUUAUGACUUGGCCAAGCUUCAGCGUCGCUUUUCGCUCGCCUGUGUGUUUUAUGUUUAGGUUCGAAGAAGAAGAAGAGUGUAAGCACGGCUUCCCAUUUUAUCUUCUUUAGAGUAAGCUGCUCUUACUGACGUGCGGGCAGUAAUCAAUCAAUCUUGGUUUCUCAAGAGCACCAGGGUAUAUUUUUAUUCAUUAAUACACUGUGUUCAUACAGAUGAAGGUUGUUUCUCAACCUUUGUACAUUUAUAUUUACUCUUUAUUUAUUUUUACUCUGACUUCUCUCUUGAGCUCUCACAUUCAUGCAAGAAGUGCAUGAUCUUUACAUGUAGAGCGACAAGAUAUGGCACCAUCUACUAAAGUUGGGUAUACUUUGGAAGUAAAUAUUAAUGUAAUGAAGAUCUAUACCUAAAUCGAUACCUUGUACAACAUUGAACAACAUUACAAACAUGGGCUUUCAUACCUCAUUGGAUGUUUUUACACUAGCACUGUUUCAGGACCAUAGAGAGCUUGCUCUGCUGGGUUCAGUGAUUUGCUGUUUUCUAUCCUGGGGGCAAACCAGGAUAGAAAAGUACUGAUCUCUGGUCCUCCUGAAAUCAGAGGUCUGGGGUUCGUUUCUGCACAUAGAAUUACAUUUGAGUGAGUGAGUAUCCAAGCAAAACAGUAUAAAACAGGAAAUAGCAGAAGUUUUUUCAAGAUUUUGUCAACCUACACAUAGAAAAGUGAAGCACAAAAUUGAGCAAUCGAUGCACAGUUCAGAAAACGGUAUUGUGUGUGUGAAACAGGGCUGCAUGAUCUUGGAAAAAUUUGACAUUGCAAUGUGACGUCACUGGCCCCACCCCCACCCACGUGUCAGAGAUCCAGAACGACUGACAGCUGAGUCAGCGCUUUAGAGUCAGCCAAGCACUAAAAACCCAAGGGCAAAACAACAAUCAUCAGCUCUUUGACUGGCCCCAUUUAAAUCUCCUUUUAAAAUGUAAAUAAGAGCCUUUUUCUGGAAUUAAAAGCGUGAUUUCAGCUGUAACUGAAAAUACAUGCGCAGAAAUGUGCUGGACUAAGGUGCACACCUUUUUUGAUACAUGCGUUUACAAGCACGUGCCCAACCAUGUGGAGGCCAUGCAGUUUCCUCAUGUUAGGCAUGCUCCCUCUCCCUCCCCCCUUGUACUUCUCAGGCAGCAGCAGCCUGUCACUCACACAGACACAGAGACAGCACUGUUCACUCAGAAAACUAUAUAACACUGUGUAUAUGCUUCUUGGGUCAAGAAUCAAAACAUUGCAACAUGAGGUGUUUAAUUUAAUUUCUUCAAGUGACAUUGUUUAAACGAUAUAUUGUGCAGCCCUGGUGUGAAUCAGUGCAAUCCAGCAAAAAGGAGCCCCUCUGCCCAAACAAGCCCAGAAUUAACCCUGAGUUUAUUUGCGAGUGUAAAAAAAAAAAAAACACCCAUAGAGGAUAUCAGAGCCAUUGGUUUGAAUAUGCAUAAAUGAAUUAAAUAAAUGAAGCCAGGAUGUAGAGGGGGAAUGUAGAGGAUUCUUUUUUUCACGGAUAUGAUCGUUUGAAGGCUGUUUGAACACACUGUAUAAUAUACUGCACUAAAAAUAAUAUUCUGUUUAGUAGUGGUUCUGAAAUUCCUGCUGGAGUACCUCUGCACUGCACACCUGACUCAUCUAUCUCAUGUAUCUCAUCUGCUAAUCAAUGAGCCCUUUCUGACUGCAUAUGAGUGUCUUAGAGAAGAGAAACUGCUGAAUUAAACAGAGCAGUGGUACUCCAGCAGCAGAGUUGAGGACCACUUCUGCACAGUUUGUGGUGAUCGCUGUGCUGUUAUGCUUUGGAAAUCAGGUCAAGAGGUGUUAUUAUCUCAGUGCUGAUUAGCACAAAAGUGGUAUCAUCUAAAUGGAAAGAUUGGCUCGGGACUGCCAUAGCAACAAGUCAUCCAGGGUUAUUGUUUUUUUUUUUUUUUUUUUGAGGGCGGGGUAUCUACUGAAUGAUUUGUACUAGACCUGUCUAUCACAAGCCACGGACUAUGUAUCAAGUCAUUGCUUCAUGACUUCGAAUGCCUUUACUCCAGCUGUGGACCUACAGAGAAUCCAAUGGACAAACAUGCGCCUAAAAUCACUUCGACCAUC